GAUCUCUGUCUGGUACCUGGUUGCUUUGUUCAGAGUUUCAGACUUAGCCUAAUUUCCACCCACCUCUGUCCCCCUCCCCCAGUCACCACAGGAAGUGGGCUGAGCCUGGGGGAUUUUUAGUCUCUGCCCAGGUAGCUGCCUUUUCAUAAUUGGAGGCCCUGGGCCAGGCCAGUGCAUGGAGCCCUUAAGGCAGAGUGGCAGGCUGCUGACAAGGUCCUGCCUCCCUCCUCCGGCCACCUAAGGGACGGUGACCUCUCCUCUCUGGGAAUCCCCUCUCAUCCUAAGAAAUCCCUGCCUCAGAGUGUGUUUGCCUCCUCUGGUGGCCCUUGUAGGGGCUGUGUCCCUGAAAGAGGCAGCAGAGGGGGCAGCUACUGAUGCAGACGGUAGCAGAGCCUGGAGAGCUGGAGGAGAUGAGAAGACUGGGGUGCAGAUGAACAGCAGGCCUGAUCUAAGACCCACUCCCCUGCUGGUAGCUGAAUCAGGAAUAAAACUCAAGAGGACUUGCAUCUGUUUCUAAGGACCUAACUAUGCAAACUUCUCUCCAGAUGGGGCCCCAUACUCAACUUCACCCUGUGGGUGUGACCACCUGUUCUCCUCUUUCAUGGUACCUACCUCUCUUCCUCCUCCUUCUUGUUCUCCCUUGGAUCCAAGGAGCCUUGAAAGACUCUCCUCAGCUGUCCUGCUUCUAUAACUCAAAAGCCAACAUCUCCUGCACCUGGAAGCCAGAACCUACCCUGAGGGUUGAACAAUGCCAUCUCUAUGGCACGUCUAAGCGGCAACACAGACCGGCUAACCGAAGCUGUGAGCUUCUCCGUGUGAUGCCAACACUCUGGACUUGUGACUUGAUCUUAGGAGAAAUCGAUAGUCAGCCUCUGACUGUUGUUGAUGUCCUGGUCAUGAAGGUUAGCUGUCUGAUUGGGGGACAGAGGAUGGUGAUGCAAGAGGAAUUCAGACCCUUUGAGAAGAUUCGCCUGAUGGCCCUCAGUGACCUCUGCCUAAUCCAGCAAGAAGAACAUGCCUCCAACGUGUCCUGGGCAGUCCCCCUAUGUUCGCACUACCUGGAGGAUAACCUGGUGUUCGAGGCUAGAUAUAAGAUUCAGGGAAGCUCCUGGGAGAAAGCCACCAUGCUGCCCAUAAACCAAAACCAGAGGUGGGUCUACAUUGAAAAACUCUCUCCUGGCACAAAAUAUGAGUUCCAGGUCCGAGGCAAACCAGAAAUAAAGGGGGCUUCAGCAUUCUGGAGUCCUUGGAGCCAGACCCUCAUCUUCCAGACAAAACCACAAGUGUCCACCUUCAAGUGGCUGAUCCACAUAAUUAUGGGUCUGUGUGGCGUUGUCAGCAUCUUCCUCGUGCUCCUGUUGGUACCUAAGUGGUACUCCCAGAAAUGGCUGAAGAAGGUUUUAAAAUGUCACAUUCCAGACCCUUCCAAAUUCUUUUCCUCAUUGAGCACAGAGCAUGGAGGAGAUUUCCAGAAGUGGCUUUCUUCUCCUUUUCCCAUUGCCUCCUUCACCACCAGCGUUUUGGCCCCAGAAAUCUCUCCACUAGAGGUGAUGCAGAAGGAAGACCCAAACCUGGGCUUGUUGCUCUCCAAGGAGCUGGUUCCAGCCUAUAGAUCCCCGGAGACCAGUGGUCACUCUCUCUCCAGCUGCUUCACCAACCAGGGUUACUUUUUCUUCCACCUUCCUGAUGCUCUGGAGGUUGAGUCCUGCCAGGUAUAUUUCACCUAUUCGCCUUUCAGUGAGGAAGAGGAAGAGAACAAAGAGGAAGGCGAGCAGGGCUCCCUGGUGCCCCAGCUGCCUCCUGGAGGGCCUGAGGAUGACUCAUACUGCACAUUUCCCCCUGGAGAUGACAUGAUCCUCUUCUCCCCCAGGGUCUUCCAGGGCCCUGGGAAUAACCUGGGACCCCAAAGCAUCUCUUUCUCAGGAAAGGAGGCCAAGAAGGAGACUUCACCUCCCGAAGAGGACACAGCUGCUACCCCAUCCUGUGACCCCAGUUUCUCAAGAUCCAAAAAUUCCUUGGAUUCAAGACCUGAAUCAACCCAGGAUGGAGGCCUUCCUUUAGGCACUGGAUUGGGGCCUGCCUCUCCCUUUCCCUGGGAUGUUCCCCCCACACCAGACCAGACUCAUGCUGUUUCUUCUUCUUACUCGGUCCUGAACACUGGUGCCUACCUCUCCCUGGGAGAAUUUCAGAACCAAUACCACACCCAUUCAGCCUAAGCAGAAAGACUUCUCCAAGACAGGAUAGAGAGGAGAGGCAUGGAAGAUCCCCAAGAUUCAGGAUAACUCCUGAACAAUGGAGCAAGAAAAGCUAUUUACAAGCAAAAAACUGGAUUUGGCUUCAGAGGAAUGGGCUUCACACCCUGACUUUAUUCCUUACUACCUCCCUGACUUCGAACAAAUCACUCUAACUUUGGAGCAUCAGUUUUCUCAUCUGUAAAAAUGAAGACCAUAUGAAACAAGAGCAAUAAUAGACUUGAUAAAAAAAAAAAAAGGUAAACUUGGAAAUUAUAUUACUCUGAGAGAUAUAAUGAAUUACUUUCAAUAUUCACUUAUAUACACUGAAUGGUAUGUAAUCUAAAUACUUAAAGGAAAGGUUAAGGAAGUUAUAGGGGGAAAGAAAGUCAAAUUAUAAUAGUGGGGGAUAUCUCAAUGUAACCCUUUCUGACAUAUAACCCCUCCUAAAAAAAAGUCAAAAAAGAAGAUAAGGCCCUCGAGUAGAAUUUCUAAGUUAUAUAUGACAGCUUUCUAGUGAUUAUUAAAGGGGAAUAGAAAGGAAUAUAUGUAUUCUAAUACGUAUAUGGAAUAUUUACAAAAAUAGACCAGGUAUCAGGUCAUA